AUGGCUUCCCCCGGUGCCCUCAUCCGGUGUAGUGCGGUCCUCGAAAUCUUUCAUUUCAUGGGGAACGUGAACCAUUCCUUCACACCAACCCCGGCCCCCCUAUACUGGCCCCCACUCUCCUGCAAAGGCUCUGAACACGCCUCAUUGCAGCCGCUGUUUUUCCUCUACCAACUGACAAUUAACCAGGCAAAUACAGGGACAGUUUAUUCUCCAUUUAUCUAUUGCUGCAAACAUGUCGACUUCGAAUUGUUGGUAUAUUCGUCUCGAAGGUACCAGUUCUCCUUCACACCCUCUACCGCCUUCAGUUCCCUAAUUAACGCCCCAGAUUCACACCAAAUUAUCGAAACAGUCUCCUUUUUCUGCUAUCGAGUGACAGAUGAACGCGCAUACUUGAUCGAAACCUGUCAGAGGUCUUCUCAAAUUCCAUCCUCCAUCCUAUCUUCAAGCCUGACAUCCUCAUUAUCCUCUGGAUGUGUCACUAUUAACAUCCUCGGGAAUUAUCGUGAGAGCUAUGACCAGUCACCCCCGAAUCCUACAAAAUCGAUAUCAAACACCGAAUUCUAUCUCAAAGGUGACAUAGCUUUUAUCCCAGGAUCCGUCUUGUUAUCCCCUUGGAAAUCAGCAUGGGAAUCCCGACUGGUCCUGAUUAAAAUCUAA